CGGAGACGAUGACCUAGAGAGUGCAGCGAGGUCUAAGCUCUCAAGAGAUCUAGGUUCAGGAUUACAUGCUUUGAAUUCUUUGCGUCGCUGGUGAAGCAGUCUGCUUCGAAGGAUGAUGGUAUGUACACUGCAGAUCUCAUCCUCAGAAAGACUGAUAAUCUGUCGGUCAAGUGAGAGGUUUUAUUUUCCCUCACAAUCAACCUCUGACGUCUGAGCAUCUGACCGACUUGAGCUUCUAACGGGGCUGGUGGUUCUCAUCCAAUAUUAUCACGGUCGGAACAGUCCUUUGAUCCAUCGUCCAUACCUGAAUCAUCUCCGUCAUAUACAGAGCGGCUAAGCGUGGAGCGCUCAUCAGCUUCAGCAUGUCGCCGCAGCAAGCCAACGGUGCAGGGCCUGCCUAUUUUGAUGACUACUUCCACAAGAACCCGGCACCGAAGUCGCUAUCCAAGCAUCAAGCAUUAACCCGCGAAUUCAUACAGUAUCACCUGGAAAACUCGCCGAACCGACGAAUUGCCUUGGUCACGUCGGGAGGGACGACCGUCCCUCUUGAGAAUCAAACCGUGCGUUUCAUAGACAACUUCUCUGCUGGGACUCGUGGAGCUACAUCUGCCGAAUACUUCUUGCAGGCGGGCUAUGCCGUGAUCUUCUUGCAUCGUCAGUUCAGUCUGCUACCAUAUUCUAGACAUUACAGCCACAGCACCAAUUGUUUCCUUGACUUCAUGGAGGAGUCUGAUGGAAAGGAUGAGCGAGUUGUAGUCAGGAAAGAGUAUCAGCAGAAGAUGCAACGAGUCUUGCGACAAUACCAGUUCGCCAAACAAAACCGCCUGUUACUACUGCUCCCCUUCACCACGGUGACUGACUAUCUUUUCCAACUCCGCAGCCUUGCAGUUCUCAUGCAACCUCUCGGCGAGCGCGCGCUAUUCUACCUAGCUGCAGCCGUCUCGGACUUCUUCAUUCCAAGAGAGCGCAUGGAAGAGCACAAGAUCCAAUCGAGAGAAGAUCAUGCUGGAAGUCAGGGCUCCGGAGCUAGCCGGCAAUUGGUGAUCAACCUCGACCCAGUCCCAAAAUUUCUCAGCACUUUGGUACACUCAUGGGCUCCAAAGGGGAGCAUGAUAGUGAGCUUCAAGCUCGAAACCGACCCGGCUCUCCUUGUGUCAAAGGCUGAGCAAGCGCUAAAGCGAUAUCAGCAUGAUCUCGUGAUCGGGAACCUGCUGACCACGCGCAAGUGGGAGGUGGUCUUUAUUUCGCGAAAUCGACGCGAGAAAUGGCUCCGGGUUCCAAAGGCUAGAAGAUCCAAAAGCAUUUCUGGGGUCGAAGAACUGGUCGGCAAAGCGGAGCGCAAGCACGAACCAGAACAUGUCGAUCUGGAUGGAGGUACUGUGACUGAAGGAAUGGAGAUAGAGAGCUUGAUCAUCCCUGAACUGGCGCUCCUGCAUACCGAAAUGAUGGAACAUGGGAAAUGAGUGUCAGGCGUGUGAAGCAGCGCAGAAAGUCGAUGUGAUACCUAACCUGGCGCACACGAGGAAGGGGCCGGUCUUGCCUGAACAGCACGAGGAUUUGCGCUUUUCCACAGUACAUAAUACUAGCAAAAAUGCAUGCGACCAUCUUGUGUAUAUCCAGGAUGAUAAAACGCGCCAAAGCG